AUGGAAAUAGUGGGGUGCCGAGCAGAAGACAGCUCGUGUCCUUUCCGCCCUCCAGCCAUGCUCUUCCACGGGAUCUCUGGAGGCCACAUCCAAGGCAUCAUGGAAGAGAUGGAGCGCAGAUCCAAGAGCGAGGCCCGCCUGACCAAAGGCGCCCAGCUCAACGGCCGCGACGCGGGCAUGCCCCCGCUGAGCCCGGAGAAGCCCGCCCUGUGCGCCGGCUGCGGGGGCAAGAUCGCCGACAGGUACUACCUGCUGGCCGUGGACAAGCAGUGGCACCUGAGGUGCCUGAAGUGCUGUGAAUGUAAGCUGGCGCUCGAGUCCGAGCUCACCUGCUUCGCCAAGGACGGCAGCAUUUACUGCAAAGAGGAUUACUACAGAAGGUUCUCUGUGCAGAGAUGUGCCCGCUGCCACCUCGGCAUCUCUGCCUCCGAGAUGGUCAUGCGCGCCCGAGACUCCGUCUACCACCUGAGCUGUUUCACCUGCUCCACGUGCAACAAGACCCUGACCACGGGCGACCACUUUGGCAUGAAGGACAGCCUGGUGUACUGCCGCGCCCACUUCGAGACGCUCUUGCAAGGAGAGUAUCCGCCGCAGCUGAGCUACAGCGAGUUGGCGGCCAAGAGCGGCGGCUUGGCCCUGCCUUACUUCAACGGCACCGGCACCGUGCAGAAAGGGCGGCCCCGGAAACGCAAGAGCCCGGCGCUGGGGGUGGACAUUGUCAAUUACAACUCAGGUUGUAACGAGAACGAGGCCGACCACCUGGACCGGGAUCAGCAGCCUUACCCGCCCUCACAGAAGACCAAGCGCAUGCGCACCUCCUUCAAGCAUCACCAGCUGCGGACCAUGAAAUCCUACUUUGCCAUCAACCACAACCCGGACGCCAAGGACCUCAAGCAACUUGCUCAGAAAACAGGCCUGACCAAAAGAGUUUUGCAGGGAGAACAAAUCUUGGGGCAUUACAGCCAAACAUCCCGACGUUUGAAAAUUCCCUAAAGUAUUAAAAGAAGGGGAAAAGUUUGAUCGGAAAUCCACUGCAGUGAAGACAAAGACAAUAUUAGGUUAUGAUAAUCAUACAUUAAAAGAUCUAUUGAGCCAAAAAAAGAGAGAGAGAGACAGAGAGAGAGAAAGAGAGAGAGAGAGAGAGAGACCAAGAGACUUAAAUGUCAUUUACUGAAUGUUAACAAAACUUCUGUUCUUUAUGAUGUCUAACACAAAUGGAGGCUUAAAAUUAUAUGAUUUUAAACAAAGUGAGACAAACCGUGUAUAAACCAGAGCGGCCAGGCAGUAAUAUGCCCACCCCAGAGCUGAAGAAAAUUAUUCUUGGAAAAAAAAAAAAAUCCCACACAUUUGUCAAGCACAGUACUUGUAAAAUAAAGUCCAAAAGCAUUCAUUUCACCUGCUUGCUAAUGUGUUUUAGUCCUAUCUGUUAAUGACAUUUUCCAACUGUAAAUUCAAAGAAAAGCUAUCACUCAUUUAAGAGGAUAGGGAUCAGACCCCAGUAAUUUUCGUGUUAUUGUUUAUUACUUCCUUUUGAAACAGAAAUCUCUGCAUGCAGUUUCACAUCUGUCACAUCUAGUGUACACCUCUGUAUGAUGACUUAUCUUUGCUGUUUCUUGUAUGAUAAAUAGCUUUCAUUAAUAAACAUCUUAUUCGAUGGAAACAUAGUUAACUUUAUGUUAAACACACACUUUUGGAAUUAAUUUUGAACACUGUCAUAAGAGGCAGCGCGACCCAUUUCCAACUUGUUAUACUUAGGAAAAAUUCCAAAUGAUAUAAUGAGGAUAAGUUCUGGUAAUC